AUGUCUGCUCCAUACCCUGGCCGCCAAUCCCCCUCUCCGGAACGCCAAUCUGGUGCCCAGCAGCAGGAUACCCCCGGCUCCGGCAGGACCAAUGUUGGAAAACCCCCAGCACACGAGCCCUCGCAGCAAUCGUCAGAGGAAUUUAGGGACAAUGUGCUGACUAGCAACCCCGAACACCCGCUAGAGAAAGUUGUGGCAGAGAAGUUUGCCAAGUGA